UGCUGCGUACGCUGCGCCUCUCUCUCUCUCUCCCCGAAGGGGUGCUCUGAGAUCACAAAGGAUAAAAUGGUGAAGGCUGUUGCUGUUCUCGGAAGUAGCGAGGGUGUCAGUGGCACUAUCUACUUCACCCAAGAAGGAGAUGCCCCGACCACGGUGACUGGAAGUCUUUCUGGCCUCAAGCCUGGGCUUCAUGGUUUCCAUGUUCAUGCUCUUGGGGACACGACCAAUGGUUGCAUGUCAACUGGACCACAUUUUAAUCCUGCUGGUAAGGAGCAUGGUGCCCCUGAAGAUGAGAAUCGUCAUGCUGGUGAUUUGGGAAAUGUGACUGUUGGUGAUGAUGGUGCUGCUACUUUCACCAUUAUCGACAAGCAGAUUCCUCUCGCUGGACCUAAUUCAAUUGUUGGAAGGGCUGUGGUUGUCCAUACAGAUCCUGAUGAUCUUGGCAAGGGGGGGCACGAGCUUAGCAAAACAACUGGAAAUGCUGGCGGCAGAGUUGCUUGCGGUAUCAUUGGUCUUCAGGGAUGAGCUGCCUCAAUCGACCACAUAAGUAAGACCUAAUGUAUGCUACAAAUGAGGAGCCUGUUGGGGCUCGGAAUCUCUCGAGUAAAAGCAUAUUUUCAGUGUGUUUUGGUUAAAACUCUUUUAGUUGAUGUGCUUUUUGGUAUUGUCUGUCAUCUCCCGCACUGAGAACGCAUAGAG